CCAUCUGUACUGCGUUAUUCCUAACUAUCUGAAUGAAACCUUUCCAGAUCUGAAGGAAAUUGCCAGCAGCCUGCAGAGUACAUAAAAGGCUCUCUGAACUGCACUCUAGUGAUCUAUACAAUCUUUUGGACCUAGCACAACCAUAUGGACACACGAUAUGCCGGUGAUCCAAAUGCACGAUGACUGAACUAUCUUCUAGAUGAACUUAGGACCCUAAGUAAUAUAGAUAUUCAUUUUAAGGCUGUUAUGGAUGCUAAUGUUUAAGAUGUAUCCUGCAGUUGGUAUGAACACAUCUGGCUCUCCUCUGGAUCUACUUAACGAGAUAACAGUUGAUGGAAAUGUUACUGCUGAGAAUAAUCAAACUGCCAACCAGACUCUUCCAGCCCUGAAUUUCACUAGAGCUAUUGUGUUGGGGUUCACCCUGGGCGCCUUCAUUGUUAUGGCCAUAGUUGGAAACAUCAUGGUUAUCUUAUCUGUGGUCACAAAUAGACAUUUAAGGAUUCCCACCAACUAUCUGAUUGUAAACCUGGCAAUAGCUGACUUGUUACUAAGUAGUACAGUCUUACCUUUCUCUGCCACUUUAGAAAUUGUUGCUUACUGGGUAUUUGGUAGGAUAUUUUGUGAUAUCUGGGCAGCCAUGGAUGUGCUCUGCUGUACAGCAUCAAUUUUCAGUCUAUGUGCAAUAUCGAUAGACAGAUAUAUUGGGGUGCGCUAUUCUCUUCAAUACCCCACCAUAGUAACCAGGAAGAGGGCAAUUCUUGCACUGCUUGGUGUUUGGGUUUUAUCCACGGUCAUAUCCGUUGGUCCUUUAUUAGGAUGGAAGCAACCAGCACCCCCUGAUGAACUGGACUGUGAAAUCACCACAGAGCCAUUCUAUGCUUUGUUCUCCUCCCUUGGCUCCUUCUACAUCCCGCUGAUUGUUAUCUUGGUGAUGUACUGCAGAGUCUACAUCGUGGCCAAAAAGAUAACCAAGAACUUGGAAGCAGGUGUCAUGAAAGAAAAGAUGGAUUCCAAAGAGCUGACCCUGAGAAUUCAUUGCAGGAACAUACAGGAAGACUCUUCCAAGAGCCAGCAACCUCGCAGCUCCUUAGCGCUUAAACUGAUGAAGUUCUCCAGAGAGAAAAAGGCAGCCAAAACCCUGGGCAUUGUGGUGGGCAUGUUUAUCCUAUGCUGGCUCCCCUUCUUCACCAAUCUGCCGAUCAUUGCCAUCUUCCAACAAUUGAAGCCAUCAGAAACAGUGCAAAAAAUUAUUUUUUGGCUUGGAUACUUCAACAGCUGUAUCAAUCCGAUCAUAUACCCUUGUUCCAGCAAGGAGUUUAAGCGUGCCUUCAUACGAAUCCUCAAAUGUCAGUGGAGCAGCAGAAAGAAACAUGGUUUCCGAAGAUCACAGACCCGCCCUCGGAGUUGCAGCACUUUUGACAAUUCUAGAAAAGAUUCAUUGGAUGAAUACGGUCAGUUUAUAAAUGGCAGUCAGAAAACAAUGUUAUCCAGGGCCCCGAGUCCUAGCUACCUUAAUAAGGUGACUCAACCACUGGAAAAAAGAACUCACAGUUGGAAACGCUCACAUUCUCCCAAGGAGUUGGACAGCAAAGAGUCUCAUGAUUUAAAAGACCAAGAAAAUUCCUGUAGUGUCUUCACAUUCAAAGCCGCUUCAGACUAUAAUGGACAUAACACUGACAAAAGCGGUUUCAGUACAACCUCAGAUAUGUUUCCUAUUCAUACAGAUACUGACUGAAAAGAGGAACCACUGAUUGACAAAUGGUUUAACUAGUUAACUGUUAACUCAGGUGAUAGAUGGUAUUUAUAACUUUGUAGGUAGCUUUUUUCACAGUGUAACUUAUAUAGACAUGAAGACAGGAAAAGAACGUUUGAGUAAAAGUAUAAAGGUCCAGUGGCUUAACAAGUAGAAAGCCAAAAAAAAUGGACACCUUAGAUUUGCAGAAAUAUAUUACUGUAUCCUUCUAAAGCACAAGGUGUGAAAUAUGGUAUAAUAAACCUCAGGUAAACAGAGACAAAUAAUCUAGCAGCAAAACCUAUAAAGAUUUAAUAAAACAUAAAAAGUAAAAAUACAGACAAUAGCAUUUUUAUGGUGCUAGGACAUUGUCUUCCUGGGGUGCAUAUAGUGCUAGAUUAUAUUCAAGUUUAACAUUAACAACAGCUAGUAGCAACAAAACAGUUAAUAUAAUUAAAUAGAGAUGUUUGUUGUAACUACCAAUUGUUAAAGAGACAUUAUAUCCAUAAGCUAAAUAGCUUGAAAGUGGGGCAGCAUAACUGUAAAAAGCUGACAAGAAAAUAUCACCUGAACAGACUCUAAGUAAAAAGGAAGAUAUUUUACUUUACAAUUUCUUCAGCUCACAAUAGUAAGUGUUCUGUUGACAGUUAUUCUUCAGUUAAUGCCAGCUGCAUUUAAAAAAAAAAAAAAAAAAAAAAAACAACAGCCAAUCAUCUUCAUCAGUGCUAAUGCCACACUUUGCGUUACUGUAAUCUCAUGAUAUUUCACUGAAAUCUGAUGAUAUUUAAUAGUAAACUUCCUUAAACUGAGUAGGGAAAUAACAUGACUGUGUCUGCACAUACCAGAUGCACGCUCUCUUGCAAGUUCUGGGACUAGCAUCCUGAUUGGCUGCUUAAACUUUACAAUGGGAUGAUCAUCUGAGGAAAUGUUGUGGUAAAAUAUUUUACUUUUUUACAGAGAGAUGUUUAAAUUAUAUUUUCUAGUCAGCUUUUUACAGUAAUGCUGCAUCACUUUUAAGUGCUUCAACAUUUGGGUAUAAUGUCCCUUCAAGUUUACAAAUGCAAUACAGUGUAGUCUAGAGUGUGUUUUUACUCAGCAAUUGAACAGUUAAAUAUAUUACACAUGGACAAUUUCAUAUACAUGUGAGUUUAUUACAUUUGUUAUAAAAAACAAUGUGCAAUGGUUUUUAUGUUAUUUUUUAAUUUUAUUAUUUUAAACCUUGCUGUAUUGUGGAGUCAAAGCUCCAAGGUUUAAAACUGCCUAAAUAUUUAAACAUAUGAAAAUGUUGUCACAAUGCAUCUUGCUUGUGGUUUCUUGCAUGAUGAUGAUCUAAACAUUAAUGGGGGGCUACCAUAUUGCCUUUUUUAAAUAAAGCUUAUAACAGAA